AUGCUGUGUCAAACGCGUCUGCGAGCGGGGGUCGGCAAGAAUGCCUUCGUUGAGUUGGUGAGAGAUCUUCGCUUUCGUACAGAGGCGCCCAUUGCGGACUGCAGUGCCGCCCUGAAGGAGGCGAGCGGCGACAUGGAGAAGGCAAUGGAGCUGCUGCGCAAGAAGGGGUCCGCCACCGCUAUGAAGAAGCGGUCGCGUGUGACGGAGCAGGGAAGCGUCGUAGCAUGCAUCGGCGGCACGUUUGGCGCGGCCGUCAUCACCGUCUGCAGCGAAACGGACUUCGCCGCGCGCAGCCCGCAGUUCCAGAACGCCUGCGCGAAGGUGAAGGCAGCACUACAGUCGAAGAUCGUGGAGAGCAGGGGCGGCAUCCUCGCGGAUCCCGCGGUGGCUCAGCAGUUCCUCGUCGACGUCACCGCGGAGGAUCUCCGCUCGUCCAUCGCCGUCCUCGGCGAGAACAUGACGAUUAAGUUGGUGGAGCCUCUGCGGGUGGCGCCGCACGUCGCGGAGCACAUUGCCAUCGGCUCCUACACGCACGGAACGCUCGACGUGCCGGACGUGGGCCGUGUCGCCGGCGUCGUCGCCGUGAGUCGCGUCAACGCGGCGGCGGAGGUGUCCGCCAGUACGCUGACGGACGUGGCGCGGCACUUCGUGGCGUGCAGCGGUGCGGAGGGCAACUACGCACAUCAGAACUUCUUCGGCACUGAGGAGACGGUGGGGCAGUGGCUGAAGCGCCACGGUCUCCGGUUUAGCAGCAGCCUCGUGGUUGAAUUCGGCAAGGAGCCCAUUGUGCAUACCGCCCCGCAGCCGCACCAGAAGAACGCGUGA